AUGCCCGAAAGUCCUUUGCCAGCAAGCCCAUAUCCAGGCCAAAGACUGCGCAAACCACUGACGGACAACUGCAUUAAUGAAUGGCGAGAUAAUCCCAAAUACAACAAUCCCGACGACAGCAAUCCUGCCUACCUUGCCGCCCUCAAAGACCAUGAAUUUCUCGAUCAAGUCGAGUCAUACUUCGACCGAUUCCUCGCUGUUGUCAGAGCACCCAAGUUUAGAAGACUUCUGCUCUUGAUAAUAGUACUGUCACUCUCUGCCUUCUUCCUUCUCACGAGGAUCAUUGAACCAUUUGUUGAGGAAGAGACGGCCGUGUGGACUUCAUUAAUUGCCAAUACAACCACUUCAACCACUGGCAUAUUUGGAACGAACGUCCGACCCCAUUUUCCCAACAUGAUCCACCUUCAAGACCUCGACCCUGCGCUCCUCCCGGGUUCGUCCAAAAGAAAGCAACACAAAGGCGUGGAGGCUAAGAAGAGGCUUAUAUUUAUUGGAGAUAUCCAUGGAUGUAAAGACGAACUUGAAGAUUUGUUGAAGGCGGCACAUUUCAAUCCUGCGACGGAUCAUCUGAUAGCCACCGGAGACAUUGUCAUGAAAGGACCUGACACUGCAGGAGUUAUCGAUAUCCUUCGUGGCUGCAAAGCAUCUUGUGUUCGCGGCAAUCAUGAAGAUAGGCUCCUCUUGGUUGCCGAGGAUCUCAAGGCAACGUCACUCAGAUCGAAUAAAGGUCCUGGAAACGGUAUCGAUCUGGGCCAUGAGGCAGAGUCCUUCAAAGCUGAUAGUCCAGAACGAAAACUGGCCUUGUCACUCAGUGCAGAUCAACUCGCAUAUCUCAAAGCCUGCCCAGUCAUUCUCCGGGUCGGUGAAUUGAAGGCUUUUGGAGGUGAGGCUGUGGUCGUACACGCUGGCCUUGUUCCCGGCCUUGCGCUAGAGGAUCAAGACCCUGCGUCAGUCAUGAAUAUGCGAAUCGUCGAUCUCAAGACUCACGUUCCAUCGAAGUUGCACGAAAAGGAAGGCAGUAUUCCAUGGUAUGUCCUAUGGAAGAAGCACCAACAACUCGCUCCAGCCCAACAACAUCUUGCUGAUUUACGAGAUUCGGGGAAAUGGAAGUCAGCUGUGAAGCCCACAACCAUAAUCUACGGCCACGAUGCCAAGAAAGGAUUGCAAAUCAACAAAUAUACCAAAGGAUUGGAUAGUAAUUGUGUUCGUGGGGGCAAAUUGUCUGCCUUGGUGGUCGACGAGAAGGGCAAACAGGAAGUGGUCCAAGUUCCAUGUCGCGACGAGAGACAGGUUGCCUCGUAA